AUGGCUAAUUCCAACCCGCACAUUGCUCAAACCCUACUUCAUCGCGCCUUUUCUCCAUCGACUGCGGAAUCGCAUUACCAGGAACGCGCUGUCCAGCGCCCUCUGUAUGUUCGCGCAACAUCUCCGACACCAUCAGCUCGCGCUGUUCGCCGUCAAGCUCUGAACGAACGUAAAGAAGCCGCUAGGAAGCGCAGCAAAAACAAGCCUCGUCCACUCUCUGCCGCAAAAAAGCGUGCGCUGGGCCUCAAUGAAAUUUCAAGGGAGCAGCAAAAGUAUGCCAUCUACGAGGGACUACAUAAUCUCUGGGUAGGCUACAUGAGAGAAGUGCUGGGCGUGAAUGAUGUGUCAAAGGGUGUCGUGAUCACUCCAAACGCAAGCGGCCAGAUACUAGCGACUGCCGAUAUGCACGGCGCGCUGAUGACCGUGGUGAGGAGCCGUUGCGUGAGUCGUGUCGGGUUAGAAGGCAUAGUCGUACGUGACACUCGAUUCACCUUUGAUCUCAUAACCAAGAACAACAUUAUCAAAUCUGUACCCAAGGAGCACACCAUCUUCCGGUUUGAAGUGCCACUCCUAUCUAAUGAAGGAGAGCCGCCGAAGAAGCCACUGACUUUUGACAUCAACGCCGAACAAUUUCAAACACGAGCGGCCGACCGCGCCAACAAGAAAUUCAGGAUCCACUAUCAGCCGGAUAUAUGA